CCUGUCAAUCACCGUUCCUAUCAAUUAGCGUGUCCGAUCGACGAAAAAAAAAACAACUUAAAAAAUGGGAAACAAUCAGCCUGGUGGUAUGUACAAACGGGAUCGACCGUACGAUUCCGAAAAGAGUGGCAGUCAUUCACGAAGCCGCGGUGGAAUUCCAAGCUCGUCGCCUUCAAAUGAAGAUGAGUGCCCGGUUCAGAUGAAAAUUGCAAAAGGCGAUGAUAAAUCAAAAUUCCCGGUAGUAUUCAAGUGGAAUAUUAAUAAUGCAACCCCUCGACAAGUAUACAUUUGCGGAUCUUGGGACGGAUGGAACACCAAAAUUCCACUCGUUAAAUCAACUUCGGACUUUUCAACAAUUGUCGACUUAGAACCCGGAAAGCAUGAGUACAAGUUUAUGGUCGACUCGAAAUGGGUAGUCGAUGAUAAUCAGCAAAAGACGGGCAACAAUUUGGGUGGCGAAAACAAUGUCGUCAUGAUUGACGAAGCUGAUUUUGAGGUAUUCGACGCCCUCGACAAGGAUUUAGCCUCUUCAAAUGCCGGUGAGGCUCUCCGCAACAGUCACCCAACUAAAGAGUCCCAUGACACACCGAACGAUCGUGAACUCGAAAAACUUCACCAAUUCGGACAAGAGACCCCAACACGUGUAGAUUUCAACAAAGCCGCCGCACCGCCAGUACUCCCACCACACCUGCUUCAAGUUAUUCUCAAUAAAGAUACACCUGUACAGUGUGAUCCGAAUGUGCUCCCGGAGCCUGAUCAUGUAAUGCUCAAUCAUUUAUACGCAUUAUCCAUCAAAGACGGAGUAAUGGUAUUGUCAGCAACACACCGCUAUCGGAAGAAGUUUGUGACAACCCUACUCUACAAGCCUAUCUAAACACAAAAUACACGUUAUUCUUGCUUGUUUCUGACAAAGUGAUAUUUUUUUUGCUUGUAUUAUUUUCUCAAAACUUUUAUCUUUUCAAGCUGCAAUCCAUCUCAAUGCUCUGCGAAUAAUUUUCAUACUGUUGUUUUUGAAAAGUAGCUUCUUGCUCAUUUUCUUGUAAGUAGUACUCAUUCAUUCCACGAAUAACUUUUUUUUUGAUGACUGAUGUAAAAUAAAAUGUGAAAACACCCA